AUUUGGCUGUGUGUGCUGAUUUUUGUUUAGUGAAAAGCUAAGUUAUGAAAUUAGCGUGAACGUAAACGUGUUUUGCAUGUUUAAAGUAACUUUCUCGGUAGGCUAUCAUUUACUUGUUCAGAAGAUCAUGUCAGAAAGUAAAGUUUGCUAACUAGCUAAGUCUAUGUUGUUACAAUGUGUCAACGGUUGUGAAAGUGCUACUUUAUAGGUAACUAUAUUGCAGCGCAUGCUACAAUCUGGCACUACGAAGACAAAAGUGAAAGCAACUUUAAUUUUGUAUUCCCAUUAUAUUGAAUGAUAUGAAUGCCCUAUUGAUGUGAUGACCAUAAUGGUGACAUCUUCAGAAAGGAAUUUGAUACAGAAAUAUUUGUUAUUUUUAUUUAACCUUAAGUUAACUAUAGUCUCUCAUCUUACCUGGACUUUCCGACUCCAGAAUUGUAUAUUUGUAUUUCUUCAGCAGCAUAGUGAAGACUGGGAACAGUGGGUUAGACACUUUGACCUCUUCAAGAGACCCCUUGUGGACAGACCCUGACAACUUAUCUCUCCAGCCAGAAGUAAUUGACCCCUUCCUCUCAGUCUGGUUGUGUUUAAGUGUUGAGCUGGACCACCAAUUCAAAAUCCGUCUCUGUGAGUGUUGGGGACUAUGGGCCUUAUUAGUGUCCCGUUUCCUGGUGGAAAUGGAUGCCACUUUCUCAUCCGAGACCCUGGUUGUCCCAGAGGCAGACUUCACCGCUGCUUGAAUUGUGAGGGUACAUGCUAUUUCAUUCUGGCCAGAUGUGAGUCCAACUCCUGCUCUAUGGCAUUAGCCAGUGACUUGAGCCAUGUCCACAGACCCCAUCACUGCCCUGCUCCUGAAUGCUGUGUCAGCACUGGAGCAGCUUGACUCUGAAAUCACUAUAACAUUAUUAGGAGGGUCUGAGCAGGGGCUAUCCUUGAUGAGGCUUGUUCUUGCUUCGGGGUAUCUGUUCCGCUUGAGUCUGUGCAGCCUACUGGUUGACCGUGACACAGAGAGAGGCACCUCAUCAUAAGACCCCCCAAUAGACAAGGCGCCAUCUUAGGUUUCUCUUUCUCCUGCUCAGAAAUUAGGCUCUUCCUCCCAAGAGGUUGUGGGGUUAUACUUAAGUACUUUGUGAUGUCAUUGGAUUUUGGGCACCCAGCCCAGGCCAAGUAGGGCGAUAACCACAUAUUUCUUGCCUAGUUAACUCUAUUCUAUCUGUGUCAUGUUCUUAUUGUCAUGUAUACAGUCUGUGUGGUGCCAUACUCUAGUAUCAGAUUCAGUCUUAUUGGUCGCCUUUUAUUUCAGAGACAGAGAUAGGCGCUACAUCUCCUAGCUCUGUAGGAGAGAAGAGGAAACAUCAGAAUGAGAGGGAGGACCCUGAAACAGUACGCAAGCGCCAAAGGUCUAGCCCAUGGUUAGAGACCAGCUUUACUGGGUAUAGUCCCUCUUUGGAACACCAAGUCAGGGGGUCUCUUAUCCCCUCUUCCAGGGGUCAGCCUAGAAGAAGCAGGCUGAGCCGAACACAAAGUCAAGGUCUGGGGAUAGGUCAUGAACUGACCCCUAACCCACCAAACCAACCAGAAUCUCCUCAGAAGGUCUAUCCUGCCCAACCACAGCGAUGCCUUAGGAGAGGUGAUGAUUCCUAAUACAGAUUGUUGUUGAAACUACAAUGUAUUUACUUUUCUUUGUCCAAUUUUGUAUGUCCUAACUAUGUAUGUCCCGGACCACUAGAAUACAGAGGUGCUUUAGCUCUGCCAUUGGCCUUUAAGAUAUGUACCUUUAUUUUUCUGUUGUGAAGUUCACAACAUUGAGGAUUUGCUGUGGACAGAGAAGUACCGCCCUCAGCACUCCAGUGAGGUAAUAGGCAACUCUGUCACUGUAAAGAAGCUACACAGGUGAGUUGCUAACACCACUGCUAGCUCCUCCAAUGUCUAGCUUUUAUGGUAUGGUGUCCUUAUUUCUGUUUGCAGUUGGUUAAAGAAAUGGAAACUGAGAGUCGACUGUGAAGAGAGGAGAAAAGAGCGAGUAAGGAAACUAGAAGAAAAUGCCAACAGCAAUGACUCGUGGGACUGUGGCGACUUCCAGGGAGAGGCUAGAGUGGAGGAGGAAGAUCUGUGUCGCACAAUGCUGAUCACAGGACCGCCAGGGGUGGGCAAGACUGCCUCAGUAUACGCCUGCGCUCAGGAGCUGGGCUUCAAGGUGUUCAAAGUGAACGCCUCCACCCACCCAGCGCAGUGGUCGCCACAUCCUGACCUAACUGAAAGAGGCCACCCAAUCUCACCUGGUGGAGAUCCAGGGAAGCACCACCUUCAAACCAUCUCAUCUUAGUAGCUACAACAACACCUCAACUAAAUCUGACACAGUAGCUGGUAAGCACACCCUGCUACAGAAAAGUAUUUUAUUGCAGUCUAAGCACAACCAUCUACUGAAAAUCACUUAUUUAAAGUGACAGCAACUAUUUUGUAUAGUGUUUGUCCAAUGGAGACUGUGGGUUACAUCUAUUUUGUGCUCUCCUCACAUAGAUAAAGUGGCCUCUCCCAGAAAGGUUUUCUCAUCCUCUAGGAAGGUGCCUCAGCUCCCACCAUAAGAGAGGUGGCAGUGCAGCCUCCAUGAUGCUGGCUAACUUCUUCAAGAAGAAGAGUAAACCAGAGAUCAUAAACUUAGACGGCCCUUUGUUAUCUACAAAACAGGACGAGCACCUACCAAACAGUUAAGAAAAACAGGAAACACCUUGCGAGUUUAGUUAACCACACAUAGGCAUGUGUGGAUCUUAGGAGGCUGGUGGGAGGAGCCAUAGGAGCACGGGCUCAUUGUAAUAGCUGGAAUAGAAUUAAUGCAACAAAGCCGAACGUGUGGUUUCCAUAUGUUUGAUGUGCUUGAUACCCUUCCAUUUAUUCCAUCAAUUACAAUGAGCCCGUCCUCCUAUAGCUCAUCCCACCAGCCUCCUCUGGUGUGGCUACGGUUAGUCUUUUUGUUUAAUCGUUGAUAUUAUUUCCUACAGUCUCUCUCAAGACCGUGACUGUGAAGAAGGCAGAUAUUAUUAACCCUACGUUGGUCAGUCAACUGUCACCAGACGUUGAAGAGCCACCAACAGGUUGAUGUCUUAUUCGAUGAUGAUGUGGGAUUCCUCACAGCAAUCAAGACCUUCAUGAAGACAACCAAGAGACCUGUGAUACUGACCACUAGUGAUCCCUCCUUCAAGGCAAAGUUUGACGGCGACUUUGAAGCGAUCCUUUUUUUAAAACCCUUCAGUAGUGAAUGUUUGCAGAUAUCUGCAGCUACUGUGCCUGGCUGAGAACGUCAGGAUGGAUGCUGCUCACCUCACCUCUGGAUCUGCAGUGGAGGAGGACAAGCAUCUCAGAGGGCAACCCCCACUGAAGGACCCUGCAGGUGGUAUGUAUGGAACUCUGGAUGUUGCUGCAGUGGAAGACAUUGCAGUGGGUGAAAAUACUUCUCCCAGCCAUCCUUCCUGUGACGUGGGCUGCACUCAGAGCAUGCUGGGGCUCCUGAACUCUGGCCCCAGCCAUGACCUGCAGACCACUCUAAAGUGCCAGUCCUGGGCUAAACCAGACAUCAUCAAGCUGAUGGAGAUCCUUACUGAGAGCUGGAGGAGAGGUGUAGCUUUGCUCUACUCGAACCUGGAGCUCCUCCUUCCCCUACCAGUCAGGACCCAGCCCAGUCCUCUCCUCACUGAAAAGAAAGUGACUCGCCCUAGGCUUCAGAGUGAGCCACCACCCUCAGAUCCACUGAUCCUGGAUCAAUCCAAGAGGGCCUGGGCUUCCGGAUGGGCUGGAUCCCAGAGGCUGGAGGGGGAGCAGAUGGGGAGGGGGAUGGAGAAACUCACCCUCCCUGUCGCCCCACCCAGACGAGGUUUCAACAUCAGUCAGACCACUUCCUGUGAUCCUAGCGUGGUCGAAAGGAGAUAUGACGUCAUCAGAACCGUCCUCUCAAGCCGAGCCUUCUGCACCUUGGGAAACAAGCAAGCUGUUGCCGUGGUCUACCUGCCUGUUCUCCGCACCCUGUGCCUAUCAGAGAGAACUCAGGAGCAGGGCCAAUGCAGGUUUCUGCAUUACCUCAGCAGUAUUCACCUGGGCCUCCCUAAGGCCACUGAGACUCCUUGCAGAUGAUUUCCCAUGACCAUUUAAGUCAGUUCUGGCUCUACACUGCAUUACAGUGGGGUUAAUGCUAUUAUCUCCCUAUGUUAAUGACUUGUGAUUUAGUGAAUGUAGCCCAUAUGGGUGUUCAUGAUAAAGUUUGAUGUACAUUCAUUCAUGCUUAUUACAUUGAGUGAGAAGAGUCUACUGUAUGCAUUCAAAAUGUAUAAUAAAUAAAAUAUGAAAUCCUAUUUUUAUAUUUAUGCAUAAAAAUAACA